AUGUCCUCUCCACCACCCUCCAACAUCCUCUCUGACCCUGUCUCAGAGCUCGCCUCCGCCCUCCAGAUGAAUGCUUUUGGCCUUGACGCUGCCACGACCUCCAUCGUCAUCGAGGAAUCGUUCCCUAUCACCCCGGAGGACAGGGAGCGGGUUGGUGUGGAGGCUAUACGCACGGGCAAGAUUGGAGAGGGGGUGACUGCCAAGGCGAAAGUGGGGCUCAUGGGUGGGGAGGGGAAUCUGGUCAUAGUGCUGGAUAGGAGAGGAUAUACCCUCAUCGAAGCCACCACCACCACAACCAAAACAUACCCAAAUCAAACAUUCGAAUCCCUCGAAGCGCUCCUCAUCGCCAUCAGCCCCUCCUACGUCUCCGCCAUGACGGCCGAAAUACAGCGUCGCUUCGCAGACCACGACUUUGGGCAGAUGGACGAGGUGGUAGAGGAGGGAGAUGUACCCGGGGACCUGGAGGGAGUGAGGAAGGAGAGCGAGCCAUAA